GUGUGUCUGGGUGUGCUGUGUCCCUGCGCCUGCAGCGCUCCGCCGGGCGCCCUUUUUUUUCUCCGCCCCCCCCCCCCCCCCCCCUCCCUCGCCGUCCUCCUCCCGCACCCCCCCCCCCCCCGCAUCUCCCGCUCCGUUGUGCCGCGGGCUGUGCGUGCGCGGUGGGUGUGCGCGCGCGUGUGCGGGGCGGGGGGCAGACACACGGCAAGCACGGAGCCGCCCCCCGCGAGAACGUACGGAGGGCGAGCAGAAACAAGAGAUAAUCCCUCCUCCUCCUCCUCAUCUUCCUCAUCCUCAGCCUCCUCUUCCUCAGCACCGCGCUCAGGGGUCCCGGGGGCUCAUGCCACCUGCCCUCCCCUGCCGCUCGCCUCGCCCGGAGAGCGGCGGAGCGCGGCGGGGGCUCGGGGCCCUUUAAGAGCGAGCGGCGGCGGCUGAGGCAGCGGGAGAAGCGGCGGCGGCAGCGGGGAGGAAGCUGCUUAGAUACUGUCAGAAAACCUCCAGCUGUCCUCGUGCCAGCAGACCUGUCCCCAUGUUGACAUGAGUGGAGUGCUUCAUGCCAUCUCCUGACAAAAAAGCACAGCUACAGACCCACUCCUGGCCUCUGGAAGCUUCAAGGUAGCCCCGUGCUCACAAGAUGUGCCAAAAGUGUUAACAAACAAUCAGAAAGCAGUUUGUUUUCAUCACUCUGCACUUCAAACUCUAAGGAUGGCGGACACAGACCUGUUCAUGGAAUGUGAGGAGGAGGAGCUGGAACCAUGGCAGAAAAUCAGUGAUGUGAUUGAAGAUUCUGUUGUUGAGGAUUAUAAUUCAGUUGAUAAGACUGCAACAGCUGGCAAUCCUCUGGUCCAGCAGGGGGGACAGCCACUGAUCCUUGCCCAGAACCCCACCUCAGGUCUGGGAGCCAUGGUGACACAGCCAGUGUUACGACCUGUGCAGAUCAUGCAGAAUGCCAACCACGUCACCAAUUCCCCUGUCACCAGCCAGCCCAUCUUCAUAACAACCCAGGGAUUUCCUGUGAGGAACGUGCGGCCGGUGCAAAACACCAUGAACCAAGUUGGGAUUGUUCUGAAUGUACAGCAGGGUCAGACAGUCAGACCCAUCACCCUUGUCCCAGCCCCAGGUACCCAGUUUGUUAAACCAGCAGUUGGCGUCCCUCAGGUGUUCUCCCAAAUGGCCCAGGUGAGACCAGGUACAACCAUGCCUGUCAGACCCACCACCAACACGUUCACCACGGUGAUUCCGGCCACGCUCACCAUCAGGAGCACAGUUCCACAGACCCAGGCACAACAGCAAAUGAGCAUUGCAAGCUUUGUGACUGUCAAGAGGCCUGGAGUGACAGGGGAGAACAGCAAUGAGGUUGCAAAGCUGGUGAAUACCCUCAACACCAUUCCCUCGUUAGGACAGAGCCCUGGCCCACUGGUGGUUUCCAACAGCAGCCCCGUGCACGGCUCCCAGAGAUCCAGCGUAUCCGAGUCGUCGUCAUCGUCGUCCUCAUUAAAAGUCAGCUCCUCUCCUAUCCCCACGUUUGAUUUGCAAGAUGGUGGCAGGAAGGUCUGUCCGAGAUGCGAUGCUCAGUUCCGAGUCACUGAAGCUUUAAGAGGACACAUGUGUUACUGCUGCCCUGAAAUGGUUGAAUUCCUCAAGAAAAGAAAAUCUCUAGAAUCUGAACCAAAUAUUCAAUCUGCAAAGCCUCCAUCUCCAGAAAAAACUACAGCUGUUGCUUCACCACCCUCUUCUACUCCUAUCCCUGCGCUGUCCCCACCUGCUAAAGCUCCAGAGCCAAGUGAAAACGUAGUUGACUCAUCCCAAAGUAAGCUCAUAAUGUUAGUAGAUGAUUUCUACUAUGGCAGAGAUGGUGGCAAAGUGAACCAGCUACUGAACUUCCCCAAGGUUCCAACUUCCUUCAGGUGUCCACACUGCAGCAAGAGGCUAAAGAACAACAUAAGGUUCAUGAAUCACAUGAAGCACCACGUUGAACUGGAUCAGCAGAACGGGGAGGUGGAUGUCCACACCAUCUGCCAGCACUGCUACAGGCAGUUCUCCACUCCCUUUCAGCUACAGUGUCACCUGGAGAAUGUACACAGUCCCUAUGAGUCUACAACCAAGUGCAAGAUUUGUGAAUGGGCGUUUGAGAGCGAACCGAUGUUCCUGCAGCACAUGAAGGACACACACAAGCCUGGGGAGAUGCCCUAUGUCUGCCAGGUCUGUCAGUACCGUUCGUCCCUCUACUCCGAGGUGGACAGCCACUUCCGAAUGAUCCACGAGGACACGAGGCACCUGCUCUGUCCCUACUGCCUCAAAGUCUUCAAGAAUGGCAACGCCUUCCAGCAGCACUUCAUGAGGCAUCAGAAGAAGAGUGUCUAUCACUGCAACAAGUGCAGGCUCCAGUUCCUCUUUGCCAAGGAUAAAAUCGAGCACAAGCUGCAGCACCACAAAACUUUCCGAAAGCCCAAACAGUUAGAAGGUCUGAAACCUGGAACCAAGGUCACCAUCAGGGCCUCUCGAGGACAGCCACGCACUGUGCCACUCUCUGCCAACGACAUGCCCCAGGGCACGGGACAGGACACCACUCCCUUGUCAUCUUCUACUGAUCCCCAGCCCAUCUUCCUCUACCCACCUGUCCAGAGGAAUGUCCAGAAGAGAGCAGUCAAAAAAAUGAGUGUCCUGGGGAGGCAGACCUGCCUGGAGUGCAGCUUUGAAAUCCCUGAUUUCCCCAACCACUUCCCCACCUACGUGCACUGUUCCCUGUGUCGCUACAGCACCUGCUGCUCCCGAGCCUAUGCCAACCACAUGAUCAACAACCACGUUCCUCGGAAGAGUCCAAAAUACUUGGCUUUGUUUAAAAACUAUACUGCCUGUGGUGUGAAGCUGGCUUGUUCCUCUUGUCUCUUUAUAACGUCUGAGGGUGAUGCAAUGGCCAAACAUCUGGUGUUCAAUCCCUCACACGAGUUCAGUAACAUUAUUUGCCGAGGCCCUGCUUGGAUAUCACAUUCCAGGCACGUUCAGCCCCAGGACAACAAAAACGUGAAGAAUCCAUGCCCCACCUAUUCCCCCAGUAAAGCUGCUACUGUGAAGACAAGGUCUGUGCUCCCUGCACAGGAGGACCUGGAGCCCGAGCUGGCACCAGCAGCACCCCCGGCCCGCCCCGAGGAAGAACGCUUAAAUGUUGAUGCUCCAGAAGAGGAGGAGCAGCAAACCAGCAAGGAUCCUGAGCCCGCGGGCAGGAAGGAGCAGCUGUCGGUGAAGAAGCUGCGGGUGGUGCUCUUUGCUCUCUGCUGCAACACCGAGCAGGCGGCCGAGCACUUCCGAAACCCUCCCCGGAGGAUCCGGCGCUGGCUGCGGAGGUUUCAGGCUUUCCAAGAGGAGAACUUGGCGUCCCUGUCGGAGGGAAAAUACCUCAGCUUGGAGGCUGAGGAGAAGCUGGCGGAGUGGGUGCUGACGCAGAGGGAGCAGCAGCUGCCUGUCAACGAGGAGACGCUUUUCCAGAAAGCCACCAAGAUCGGGCGCUCCCUGGAAGGCGGCUUCAAGAUCUCCUACGAGUGGGCGGUGAGGUUCAUGCUGCGGCACCACCUCAGCACCCACACCCGGCGGGCCGUGGCUCACCCCCUGCCCAAGGAGGUGGAGGACAACGCCGGCUGCUUCAUCGAGUUCGUGCAGAGGCAGAUCCACACUCAGGACCUGCCCCUCUCCAUGAUCGCCGCCAUCGACGAAAUCUCCCUCUUCCUGGACGUGGAGGUGCUGAGCAGCGACGAUCGGAAGGAGAACGCUCUGCAGACAGUGGGCACCGGGGAGCCCUGGUGUGACGUGGUCCUCACCAUCCUGGCUGACGGCAGCGUCCUCCCGACCCUGGUCUUCUUCAGGGGCCACGUGCAGCAGCCCGCCAACGUCCCCGAGUCCAUCCUCUUGGAAGCCAAGGAGAACGGGUACAGCGACGACGAAGUGAUGGAGCUGUGGGUGUCCAGGGUGUGGCAGAAGCACACGGAGUGCCAGAACAGCAAGGCCAUGCUGGUGCUGGAUUGCCACCGAACACACCUCUCAGAAGAAGUACUGUCCCUGCUCAGCACCUCCAGCACCCUCCCGGCCGUCGUCCCCGCCGGCUGCAGCUCCAAAAUCCAACCUCUGGAUGUUUGUAUAAAAAGAACCGUGAAAAAUUUCUUGCAUAAAAAAUGGAAAGAACAAGCCAAGGAAAUGGCGGACUCCACGUGCGAUUCGGACAUUCUUCUCCAGCUGGUUUUGUGCUGGUUGGCAGAGGUCCUGGAGAUCAUUAGUGACUCUCCUGAACUUGUGCAGCAGUCCUUCCUGGUGGCCAGCGUGCUGCCCGGGCCGGACGGCACCGCCAACUCACCCACCCGCAACGCUGACAUGCAGGAGGAGCUGAUCACCUCCCUGGAGGAGCAGCUGAAGCUCAACGAGGAGCAGCAGCAGCAGCAGCCACAGCAGCAGCAGCAGCAGGAGGAGGAGGAGGGUGAGGUCCAGGAGGAAUGUGCUGACCCAGAGAUCCUCCAUCAGCUCUUCGAAGGGGAGAGUGAGACUGAGUCGUUUUAUGGCUUUGAAGAUGCUGAUUUGGAUCUGAUGGAAAUCUGAGCACUGGCCUGCGGAUCAGGAUCCAGAAAAAGGGGUUAUUUUUGAAAUAAAUGUUGGAUUGAGACCAUUACACUUCCCUGUGGAUUUGUGGGUUUAGGAAACUCGUAGGCGAUCACUCAGAUCAAUAGCCAUUUCUGCUGUUCAUUUCUAAGUUUUGUGCUUUUUUAAAAGAAAAAUCACUGUGUUGGUAUUUUCUGAAAAUAUAUUGUGGGUGAAUAUUUUUGCGUUUUCUUUACCUCACUGUAUCAUAGUUUUCUGUUUUUAUUGUGCAGAAAUGUUUUGAAUUAUACAUUGUCAAUGUGACCAUUUCUAAAGAAAGGAAAAAAAAACCUAUGUAGCUAAUGAACCAGUAUAUAAAUCCUUUGGGUUGUCUUAACACAGACUUUUUUUUUUAAUUAUUUUGGGUUUUUUUUUUAACACUUGGCCCAGAGAUUUAGGUUUCUGUGGAAGAAUUUAGAUACCAGUUACUGCUUUAACGUGUGAACCUUCUCUAAUUGGCCAUUAAUGGGUUUGGAUCUUGGUUGAUUUGGGGUUUUUUUUGUUUCAUUUGGGUUUUUUUGUUUCACUUGGGUUUUUUUUUGUAAAGAAGGUAAUUAUUUUGCUUGUGAAUUUGGGACGUGGGGUGCAAACACAAGCAAGAAGCAUUUUGCCUGUUCCAUGCCAGCAGUGGGGGGGUCUCUCUGGCACGGGGUGGGGGUUCCUCUCCUCCCCCAGCACCCACCUUGCUCCAAAGCUUUACAGACAGAGGGUCUGGUGGGAGGGGGAGGUCGAGGCUUUCACCUUCCUGGUGCCACAGGUGGGGGUUCAGAGCACAUGGACCAUUAAACCUUGGCUGUUAACUACCAGUUAACCACCAGUUAACUACCAGUUGAUCAACCUGCUUUAUUUAACCAGUGGCAUCAGACACUACAGUUCCUUAGAAUUAGAAAUCUGAGUUAAAUGAAAACAAACUGUGACGUGCACAAA